UUGCUUUAGAUGAAGAGAGGUCAGACUGUUGAAGUAUCAAACUUGUAGACAGAUAUCACUAUUGUGGAGUAGUUACAGGUCAAAGGAAGAAUUAAAGCGAUACAAGAGGUUCAAGGCGACCCUUAGCAGCGGCAUGUUAAUACUAGUAUUUACGUCAAAAGCAGUACAUAAGGUAUCACAGGUACAACAGAGUAAUGGCUGAAGGUCCUGAUAACGGAAAGGUUUUUAAACUGACAGAUUCGACAGGUUCAAAAAAGAGAAUUGUAAAGUAUCAAUAUAACUACAAGGAAUUCUCACUAAAAUGUAAGCAAAAGUUUGGCAUACCAGAAAGCGAGACUAUUAUUCUUGAAACAGAAGACGGCUUUGAAAUUGACGAAGAAACCAUACUGGAAUUUGAUAAUUUUUCGAUACUUGUUUUGCAUCAGCAAAAGGCAUCCGUUAGUAAUGAAUAUACUAACGAAAUUGGUAUUGCGUCCGAUGAGUGGUCAGAUCCUGCCGUAGAAGACAUAACAGCAGGUGCCAAGGAAAUUAAACGAAAAUUGAAGGAACAUGGAGAUGAGAACGUUGAGGAGAUUGUACGGUCUAGUGUUGAUGAAUGGAAAUCUUCGCCUUUGAAUAUAUGCGUCACAGGCUCUAGCGGAAACGGAAAAUCAUUUCUAAUUAAUGUGCUACGUGACGUCAAAGAUCCGAAAGAUAAAUCAUAUGCCAAGUCUGGUACGACAGAAACAACAUACGAAUGUAAAGAUUACCCACAUCCAAAAUAUAAAAAUAUUAUAUUCUGUGAUGUUCCGGGAGUCGGAUCGCCGAGAUUUCCAAAGGAAACGUAUUUAUCCGAUAUUGUCGUCGAUCGGUAUGAUUUCUUCCUUAUAUGUUCUUGUGCCAGAUUUAAGGAACACGAUUCAUGGUUGGCCGAAGAAAUAAAGAAGAGACAUAAACGUUUUUAUUUUCUCCGCACAAAAGUUGACCAGGACAUAGACUGUGCAUGUCGUGACAAAGGUGUAGAAGGCUUUAACAGGCAAACUGAGCUUGCGAGCAUCCGAAAAUAUUGUGAAAGCUUUCUUCCUGAUAAUGCAGCCGUUUUUUUGAUUUCAAGUUAUCAUCCGACAGAUUAUGAUUUCCCAUUACUUUUGAAACGUCUUGUUGACGAUGCCCCUGCGGAACAAAAACAUGCGCAUGUGCUCGGUCUAUGUUUAAGUUCUAAAGAAUCGAUUGAAAGGAAAGCAAAAUUUCUAGAAGGAGAGAUUUGGAAAAUUGCAUUUCUAUCAGGAUUUGGAGGUGCUGUUCCCGUUCCAGGCGCUUCCGUCGCGAUGGAUGUAGCGCUAAUUUGCAGAACUGUCAAGUCGUACAGGGAAACCUUCAAAUUGACGGAUGAAGAAAUAAACACAUUUGCCGUCAAUACCGGUGUACCACCAGAUUUAUUUAGGGAAGCUGCUGGUUUAAUGCUGAGACCAUCGAUGUUUACACAAGCAGGUAUCGCUAGUUUAAUAUCGUCGUUUGCAUUGGAGUCCGCUUUAGAGAAAUCUGCUGUUUUUGUUCCCGUGAUAGGCUCUGUUGUUGCUGGAACAUUGUCUUACAAUAUAACAGGAAGAAUUUUAAAGAAACUGCUGAAUAACUGUAAAGAUGACGCCUUAAAAGUAUUUGAUUUUGUUGAAGCGCGACAGACAUCUAUUGAAUAGGUUGAAUAUAACGUUUAUAGACAGAUAAUUUUUUGCAGAACUAAUGAGGCCCGACAUAACCCAACACAUCUGUAUGGUUCCAUACUACAGUAGAUACCUCAGCACCACAAUGUCGUGUAGUCUUAGUGUUUGUUAAGCAUAUUAUAAUCAAGGUGUGUCUGUGUUGGUGCGUGCUUGCGUGUUUAACGUCUUUUCAACAACGCUGUGUGUGUGCGUGCGCGUUCGUGUGUUCGGAUUUAACGUCUCUUUCAACAACUUUUUGGUUUAAACCAGGAUUCUGUUCAAAUAACAAUGUUAGGUUUAGUUGACUGAUUGAUGUUUUUAUGUAUAUUCUUUGUAUUAAAAAUUACCUAUUAAUUGACAAUACCUUUAGAGACCUUUAAAGUUUAUUCUUGAAGUGAGCUAUAUGUACCUUAGGACAUUCGUAUUUAUACUAAAUUUAGAACGAUGCUUUAUUUUGUUGCUUUUGGACGGAUGUAAGAAAGACAUGUUGCCAGUUAAUUAAGAGAUUCAGAUGGGUUUGAUAUUUCAUUCUAAUCUAAUUUACGUUGAAUGUUCUGCCGUGAUGGGGGAGAGAGUUGGGUUUUACGGCGAAUCGACACAAAAUGGUCAUAUAUCGCCGAGAAGGAGUUAUAUUGAGAACGCCAAUUGUAAAGUAUACGUAAAAUCAUUUAUGUAAAAAUGUAUAGCAUAUCUAAAAUCAUUUUUUAAUGUAACGCAUAUCUAAAAUCAUUUUUUUAAUGUAAAGCAUAUCUAAAAUCAUUUAUGUAAAAGAAGUCUACGCGUAUACAUUUCGAAGAAGGGGUAAACCCCUGCGCGUGACCCUUGAGUAUCGGCCAACGCAAAUUUGAUAUUGAUUUUAAAGUUUAGCCUGUCUACUUUCGUUUUCUUUACUUCUGUGAAUAACUUUGGAUCGAUUGAGAUCAUUUCCAUGUUGUCAAAUAUAUACAUAAACAAUAUAUAACGUAUAAGCGUUUAACGGCCCAUUCAUGCUUCCAUUGAAUCAACAUUUGAGUGCCGACCAACGCAUGUUCGACCUUGAUAAACAAGUUGAGCCUUUGUAUAUUCAUUUUCUGGACUUCUGUGAAUAACUUUCGACUAAGAUAAUUUCUAUGUUGUCAAACACAUACAUAAGCCGAGCGAGAUUGCAUGAAAAUGUGCCUGUUGUCCUAAUGAUACUAGGAAUAUUUUUUGUACUACUUUUUUCCGACAAUUGUUGACACGUUUGUACUAAAAAAAUAGCUAUAGAAAAUGCAUUUUUGAAUAUAUAUAUAUAUAUAUAUAUAUAUAUAUAUAUAUAAAUGAGAUAUUAAAGAAAAAACAUCAACGAAAUGCCUUUCAAACACACUGGAUCCCGGAAGGAUACAAGAACAUAAAGAUAUAAUUAAACUUCUGACACUGAACAUAUAUUUUUUCUCAUACUCUAUAUAUAUAUAUAUAUAUAUAGUAGAGAGAAUUUAUACGAACUAAAUCACCACCACAAUAUACCAGACCAAUUACGGCAAAGCGCCUAGCAGAACAAACGAACACGCACAUGCCACAGCAAGUCCACUAACCCAAUAAGAUUAGUUUCGGUGCUGCUUUAUAUACGAGCCAGAAUUGUACUACACAUUCAUACUGGUUCAACAUUUGCAUAUAUAUACUCAAAUCUCUGUUUUCAUGUCUCAUAAAUCAGCAGUGGCAUUUUAGUCUUUUUAACUGAUUGGGACCAGAGAAGCUAUAUUUAUAUACAUUUUGUAAAUUUAAAGGACAAAUAGUAUAUUAAAUAGUAUAAUACACGAUACAUUACAAAUAAUAUAUUUUGAGAUUACGGGUUCCAAAUCAGUUGAAAAUGCGUGAUAUUCUAAACGUACAUUAUAAUCCUGCUGUUGCCUUUGCGUGUGUUACGGUUUCACCUGGUGAUGAUAACUUUUGUUUACACUGUCCUGUGACUCUGGAACAUGGUGGGUGUGAGAGUGGAGUUAGGUGUAUAAUAAAUCGAUUUAAGCUCCUCAGUGGUGGUUUUGCUACUGACCGUUCUAGGACGGUGCCCCAAUGUGUCCCUUAAUUUGUUCGUUUUGUCUUUGUGUGUUUGCUUUGUUGAGUGUCUGUGUUGGUCGUAUGCGUGUACUGGGUUAACGUUUGGGGAGGCUGCGGUUUUAGAACGUGGCUUUCCCUGUUGGACAUUCAUCGUUGUUUAUUUUUACAGUUAACAGUAAAAAUUACAUAUAGUUGAUGUAUUUGGGCACGCUAAACAACCAUAGGUUAUAACAUUUACAUAUUUUUUCAAGCGAUAAACACAGUAUAAGAAUACCGUAUAUUGACUCGAGAAAAAUCCUCUCAUAUUAAUUAAAUACAGUGCACAUUGCACAUAAAUUACAUUCAGUGAUGGCAAGCAUUGAAUAUACGCAUAUAAACAUGCAAUGUAUUAUAUUGUAACACCCUGGGUUUCAUGAAAACCCGUCAGUCUAUCUUAACACGUAUUAUUUACAUAAUUUUAUGUUACUUACCUUAUUGUGUCAAAGUACUAUCUUUAGAUCUUUUAAAUCUUCAAGGUCUCCAGUCGCGUGAAGCAUGUAGCGACACACCAUACAUAAAAUUCAUAGUCUGACAUGAUUUAUUUUACUUGCCAGUCUACGCGUAGAACAAAUAGUGGUCGCCAUUUAUCUAUCUGUAAUUUGUCUGUUCAUCUGUUUCCUAUUUUCCUUAUUAUCCUUCCUAGCUUGAAGUGAAAGCCACAUGAUUCCGGCGAUUUCCUAGUUUUUCAUACUGUUUACACUUAUUCCAUUGUUAAUCCAUAAAUUCUGUUAAAACUACUGAUGCCAUCGUAUAAUAUGACUUUAAAGCAAUGUUUUAGCUAAGUUUGAACAUCCAUUUCUUUGUUUUAACAAGUUUAAAUUGUAGAAAUAUGGAAAUGAUUUUUACAAAGUCACCAGAUAACGCCAUUUUCCCUGUUGCAUUCUGGGACGUUUACUACUGACUGAAAAGCUGAGUCAUCGUUUAUCCAUAUAGUGUGGUAAAGAUUGUUACCGUACUUAUCAUAAUAUUCAAUGUUAAAACUGAGGCAGUCUAAUUUCUUAAGAUAUCGGCAGCCAUUUUCUUGGUUAACAUAACUUGAGUUGGUACCACAGUUUUUGGUCACUACCAUGUUUGGGUAGUCGUUGUUCUACCAGUCCUUGGUAGACACUACCAGAUAAAGGUAGUUCUACCCACUUUGGGUCAUUUCUACCACUGCCUAGUAUAUAAGCAGCGCAUUUUUGGUCACUAAAUCAGUCAAGCAUACAAAGUUCUAGGGCAAACCUAUGCUAUAUUUUUUCUGUGGAAUCAAGGAACUUAUAUUGGAAAUCUUGAAUUUAGACCAAUAGUCUAAAGGAUUGUUUGAAUUUGUCUAACUUUAUAAACCUGAGUUUGGUACCUAUUGUCAUUGUGAGAGUAAUUUACGCGCAUUGUACAGUGUAUACUUUAUAUUUUGCGUAUAUGGAGACCUUGAACGCGAUAUUUAAUAGAAGCACCAUUUAAUAGAAUUGAAGACUUAAUAUUCAGUGUAUUGAGUAAUUACACAGUUAGCAGAAUUAUUAAAAGUUUAUUUAUUUGAAAACUGACUUUAGUUAUUCAUCUGUAGUUCCACACCAUCUACAAGUAUAUUAAUACAGCAAGCAUAUAACUGUAUUGACUAAUACAACUACCGUAUUUAUCCUAAUACGCAGAGCUUCAUCUUAUCUGGUAUAUAAUUACCGUACAUAUCCUAAGACAUCUGGUGCAUACAACUACCGUAUUUAUCCUAACAUAUGAAACAGUGUUUCAUCUUAUCUGGUAUACAACUACCGUACAUAUCCUAAUACAAAGAGUUUCAUCUUAUCUGGUAUAUACAAUUACCAUAUUUAUCCAAACAUACGGUUUGGUCUUGUCUGGUAUACAACUACCAUACUUACCUUAUAUACAGAGCAGUGUUUUCUUCGAUUGGUAUACAAUUACCAUACUUAUCCAAACACACAGUUUUGUCUGGUCUGGUAUUAAACUACCAUACUUACCUUACAUACGGAACAAUGUUUUACUCCGAUUUGAAUACAACUACCAUACUUAUCCAAACAUACAGUUUUGUCUCGUCUGGCAUACAAUUACCAUACUUACCUUACGUACAGAAUCGUGUUUACUUAGACUGGUAUACAACUACAGUACCUACCCUUACAUGUAGACAUCGUUACGGUAUUUUGUCUAAAAAGCAACUACCGUACUUACUCUAAAAUACAGGGCAAUGUGGUAAACGAGUACCGUACUUACUCUAGUUGACAAAAUAGUGUUGUGAUACUCCAUCUUGUGUACAAUACCGUAUUUACCUUAUGAUCUAUUGCACAUUACCACAGCAGUGUGUGAAAGGAGAGCAGUGAGAUUAGGGUGGUUUCUAAAGAAGGGCUGUUUUUACUCAUAAGUUAGCGACCCCCUACCCAUUGAACCGUAACAAUAUUAAAUUAGGUUUUUUUGUUAAAUUUUGAAGUAUCUUAACUCGUCGUCAAAGAGUAGUAUCUUUCAAGAGCGAGAUGGUACGUUAUUUAAAGGCGUCAAGUGGAGGCUGUAUUCUUUUCGCUGUCAUUGAUUUGAUUAUUUCUCUGUAAUUAUUGCACAUAAAGAUUUUUGACUGUCUGUUAGCCGAUUGUGAGGAGAUUGAUGUAAAUAGUUUUGUGAAAUAUUUGCAUUUUGUUUAAUGUAUUGUUUUACGUUAUUUAAAGGCGUCAAGUGGAGGCUGUAUUCUUUUCGCUGUCAUUGAUUUGAUUAUUUCUCUGUAAUUAUUGCACAUAAAGAUUUUUGACUGUCUGUUAGCCGAUUGUGAGGAGAUUGAUGUAAAUAGUUUUGUGAAAUAUUUGCAUUUUGUUUAAUGUAUUGUUUUCAAUUUAUAAGACAUAGUGAAUAACGUUGAAUUUUCUUCUCACAUUUUCCUAUUCUAUUGGAUGCAUAUUUAUUAACAUUUUUGGUGUCAUGCUGCUAAUUUUCAACAUUUUUGUCGUCCGUACAAUUUAAAAUGUUUGUCAUUUCGUUUUCGAAGUAUGUUUGUGAUUGCAUCAGAUUCAGUGGAUCUCUUCAUUGGCAUCCAAUAUUGACGUUAUUUUAUAUUUACCCGUAUUUUAAAAUACCUAAUUGUUUUAUUGUAGUUAAAAAAAUUACACUUGGAAGAGAUUUCCCCCGGGCUUGCUUUCCAAUAUCAAAUAGUUCACGUCUAUUGUAUUGGUGUGACACGAAAAGCCACAGGUGAUAAUUGGUCAAUCAGUAUGUGGAGAGAAAGUUAUCGAGAAAUGCAUGUAAUGUAGUUUCAAUCCAAGAUCUGUCAAAAAUAAGACAAUUUUUCUGUGUAAUUAUAUACUCUCACCGAGACUGAAACUAUCCUAGAUUUAAAAGUGUAUUGCCGAAUUUGUACCAAAUAGUUAUUGAAUUAAACAUGUUGUGCGGUGCGGAAACAGCCAUGGAAGUGGCGUGGCUCUCUUAUUUAACUAUGCAUUUACUCUUCAUGUUAUUGCAUUUAGUCGUGACAAAGAUUUUAAGCAAUUUGAAUACAUUGAUUAUAGUUUGAGCAUUAAUGGAUUUUCUGCCAGAGUGACAGUGUUAUAUACACAAGGGAAACAAUCUGUUUAUAGAGUGAAAUCAUUGAGUGAACACCGUAGGUCAAUCGUAAUCCUGUCCAUGUUAUAUCAUUUCGUUAUAGAAUGCCAGGAUUUCUUAAGCCUCCGAAAACAGUAUAUUAGAAAUUAUUUCUGGCGCCAUCUUAGCUUUUUUAAGUUUUUACAGUUACUUAAAAGUGAUAAAAUCACUGAUGUACGUAAUCUAUCCAUUUAUAUAUACAAAGUUUUUGAAGUAAGAAAUAAUACAAAUAGGGUCUAAAGGUAUGCAGACGUUCACUUGUGAUAUACAUAUAGCUGUCGUCUUAAUUUUCAGCUUUCUAUUUUUGUACAAUAUAAAUUCAUACUAACACUAACCUAUGUUUAAAACAAAUAUUCCAAACACUAUUUGAUCUAAUACAUGCUGUCUCUCCCGUUUAACAAUUUAUUUAGACAGUAUCAAAUUUGUACUUUUUGUCAUCCUGCCAUAUCAUGUUUUAGAUUAUGAAUUGUAUAUGAUGCUAUGCUCAUGAAUCUUGUCAGGUUUAUUGCAUAAUAAAACUAUUCUAUUCUAUAUUAAUGCAGUUUAAAAGUGAGCUCUCUAUGUUACCUGCUAUACAGGAUAACACAGUCAUGCAUCUAACAGCUCUGAAAUUGUUUAAUUUGAUUUUCUCAUAUUUCUAGAUAUUUUACCCAUACUUUGAUGCAUAUACAUUUGUAGCAGAAAUUGUUCUCUUUCUAGCAAUAGCGCUGUCAACAUAUUUUACCUUGCGAAAAUCUGUGUUUUAACUUUUAAAAAAAAGUGUCUGUUUGUUGGCACAUUUUACCACAAAAAUAUAUAUAACAUAUUUACCUAGCGCCUUUUUCAUGAUAAACACGUUAAGGACGUAUGCUAGAAUUUGGUGCGAAAAUUUUCCCAUUAACAGAAUUUCUUCAAAC